AUGUCUACCCAUGAAGGUAUUCCCGAUGAGCUUCUCUGUAAGCUAGCUGAACAAAUCGAGACUGAUGAGCAGAUGGAGGCCUUGGCACGAUCACUCGGACUCGAGCAUGCCGCCAUCAAUAGAUACUUAAAAACUAGCAGACUAGAAGGACGGGUCACGUGUAAGGGAACACGUGACAUGCUGUUUGACUGGAGACAGACCAUUAGGCCAUCCAAUCAACAUCCUAGGCUGAAGCAAGCUCUCAAUGAUUCUAAUUUAAUCAUGCUUGCUGAAACUUGUCUCAAUGACACAUUAGCAACCCAAUAUACCUACAGUAAGAAGAUUUCGGAAUCUCUGACUGUUCGAAAAUGUCGCACAAUAUUGGAGGACAAAUAUUUGAAUGAGCUUUGCAAAAUUCAAAUGAAACCUUGGGACAAAGGUGAUUAUGCAGAGUUUGAAGAUAUGCACACCGUUGUUACCAUGGUAAAGAAGGAUGUUCGUGGAAGAGAUAUUAAAGAAAAAAAAAUACUUCAAGGCUCUGUUGGAAAAAUAUUUUCAGUAAAAGUAAACAGGAGGUUUCCAUCUCGAAUCCUUAUUUCGGCUCCGGCUGGAAGAGGAAAGACGACAGCUGUCGCUAAGAUGGCAUACGACUGGGUUCACAGAGAGGAAGGGUCAGGAUUAGAAGACUUGCCACUUAUGUUUGUAGUCAAGUUUCGAAACACAAGUCACAGUACAUCAAUCGGAGAAGCCAUCAAAUCACAACUCCUGAGUGAUGUUGACGAUCUGACGGCAGAGGGCCUAGAGGGUUUCAUUAGGCAGCAUCAGGGAAUCUGUCAUAUUGUACUAGAUGGGCUCGAUGAGUAUGCUGGUAUCUCUUCGUCAAGCAAUAUCAUGAGAAUUAUCCGCAGUGAAAUGUUUCCACAAUGUCGAGUUAUUGUAACAACACGACCUCACCUAGAAGAUAUGUUUAGUCAAGGGGAUCUACCAAGGGUGUACACAAAGAUGGAGAUCGAAGGAUUCUCGCUAGAGAACGCACGCGAUUACAUUGACAGGUUCUUUACUUCUGUUCAGAAACCUAUGAAAGCGGAUGGUCUGAAAGUUUACCUCGAUGAACAACCCCUUAUUGAUGAAAUCGUAAAAACUCCGCUAUUUUGCCUCAUGGUCUGUCACUUGUGGUCUGAAGAACUACUUAACGGUGAGACUACAACUCAAACAGCAUUACUCGAUCAAGUUAACGUAUUCUUAAUGCUCCACGCAAAUGCCCGGACACCUGGCUUGAUAAAAACUCUUAAACAACUAAACCAAAUUAUACUGAAACUGGGAGAAAUUGCUCUCACUGGUCUGCUCAAUGAUGCUAAGAAGUUAGUUUUCUCGUCUUGUGAUUUUCAUAGAGUUCCCUCUAUUCUUGAUAUGGCAUGCGCCCUAGGAAUUGUCUCAAAGACUGUUGUUUCAACCAGACGCCUUCCACAACUUCACGAAGCAUUUUCCACUACCAAAACUACUAUUGAGUUUUAUCACAAACUUGCUCAAGAACAUGCAGCAGGAAAGUAUCUUGCUGAUGAAACAAACAGCUUUCCUUUCCUGUUGAAGAUCAGUAAGUUAGACCGGGUACUGCGAGAUAUAAAAACAAGCAUUGGAGAAUAUGAAAAUCUUAUUCGAUUUGCUUCUGGUACAAAGAGAAAUAUUUGCAUUAGAAUAAUGGAGAGCGUCCUUACAAAUAGUUAUUUAUCUGAGAGUGAGCGAUAUCGUAUUCUCCUAGAUUGUUCAUCAGAGUCUGGGGUCAACGAUGGGAAUGUGUCAUCAUUGGUACGAAGGUGUGUGACGUCACGGUGUAUAAUCUUGAAGUCACCGACAGUGUACACUGUCGUUGGGAUGCGAAAUCUUCCUCGUGAGCUGAAAAAGAAGGUUGGUAGUCUACAAUUCGAGGAGUCUAUCAUGACAACCGCUGUGACAGAUGGACUAUGGGCAUGUCUUAAAUCAUUUCCGAUGCUAAAUUAUCUCACCAUAUCAGACUCAUCUAUGGAUUUCCCUCCAUCUCCUCCUAAGCUACCAUCCAUCACAAGCCUAUCAGUUAAGAAAGUGACGUCACAAUGCUUGAAUGGUGUUAUUUCAUCGCUCCCUUGUUUGACAGACAUGGUAUAUAUCGAUGAUGCAGAGGGGAACAUUGCCCAGAUCACAUCUGCACUUCGUCGGACAGGGGGAAAGAAGCUCGAACGAAUAAUUAUUCGCGACACUCUGUUGUCAUUCCCGCCACGGAGUGAGACAAAGACAGGACAGAGGCUGCUAUUCACCAAAUAUCUUCUGGGCACUGAUAAGAACAUGCUUAUAUUGGACAGCACUGGACAUUCUGAAAUUGAAGUCCUCGGUUCGUUUGCAUUUUUGGCAUCAUUGGCUCAACUUAAACUAGAAUUUCUUGAUGGUUGGUCUUUCAACUUCGAAACGGCGUUUAGGGUUCAGAUAACCAACUGUCAACUGUCUCCUGAGAUGACUACGAGAAUGUGGUCCUGUCUGAGUUCCUUCACCUCACUGAACCAUCUCACCAUCUCAGACUCAUCUAUCAGUUUCCCGCCAUCUCCUCCUGAGCUACCAUCCAUCACAAAGCUAUCAACUGAGAGAGUGACGUCACAAUGCUAUGAAGGGUUGAUCUCAUCACUCCCUGCUUUGGUAUAUAUCGAUAUCACUAUCACCAAGGCAGAGGAAGACAUAGCCAAUACCACUGCUGGUCUUCGUCGGACUGGAGGACGGAAGCUCACAGGCAUCAACCUUUACUCACCGCCAUCACUCCCAUCAGAGUACUGUCGUGUAUCUAGAGACACAAUGAGAGGACUGGGUCUGCUCAUCAAGGAACAUACCAAGAACCUUGAGCGGAUAUAUCUGACUCGGGUGAAGUGCAAAGACGAGGAUGACUUCGUUUAUCUCAUUGAAUGCUGCAGACAUGUGAAGACGAUGGAAUACGUAUGUUCAUUUGCAUCAUCUUUAUGA